UCCCUAAUCGUUUGAUUGAAAUCAUUCUUCACUGCAGCGUCACCCUCAUUGCCAGUCUCGCCCAGCUUUGACCUGGGUCCACCUGGUUCACCUAACUACCCUGUUCUGGCCGGUUUGGUCAUAUGGGUAUCGGUUUCUUAGUUUUAUACUCGGGCUUCUCUGUUUCCAGUUUCAGCAGCACUUUCUGGAGGAGAUAAAGAGGGAGAGAGGAAUCAAAUAGGAGGUGGGUAACGCCGAAACUUUGGCGGGAGUCACGUUAUUCGCCGAGCCCUCUGUUCGGUUAUUGUAGACAAUCAGAACAUGCGAAGGGAAGGCUGCAGCCUAUACCAGACUCCCCUCUUCUCCCUACAGCCGGAAACUGCUUCUCAGUGUGGGGGAAAAUGGAUAAAGCUAAUGAUAGAGCCAGUGGGUUACUAGGCAGAUUAAGUGGUUUCAUGAGGAGUUGCCUCUUCAGAGUCCUACGCAUGGGUCCAAUCCCAACCCAUUACUCCUUCAUAAUGGAUGGCAAUCGACGUUACGCCAAGAAGGUGAACAUGGGGGAAGGAGCUGGUCACAGGGCCGGUUUCUUCGCCCUAGUCUCGGUGCUCAAGUACUGCUACGAAGUCGGGGUGAAGUACAUCUCCAUCUACGCCUUCAGCAUCGACAACUUCAAGAGGCGCCCCGAUGAAGUCAAGACCAUAAUGGACUUGAUCCUCGAGAAGAUCGAGGGGCUUCUCGAGGAAGGCAGCAUUGCAGAUCAGUACGGCGUUAGGGUUUACUUUGUUGGAAACUUGAAGCUGUUGGACGAGCGAGUGAGGAUCGCAGCGGAGAAAGUCAUGGAGGCUACUGCACAUAACACCAGGUGUGUGCUCUUGAUCUGCAUAGCUUACACUUCAUGCGAUGAGAUUGUGAACUCGGUUAGAGAGUGUUGUAAGGAUAAGUUGGAGGAGAUCGAAGAUAAAGAGGGCGGUGGUGGUGGGGUGGUGGUGAAUGAGCAUUCAGCUAUACAGUUAGUGGACAUUGAGAAGCACAUGUACAUGGGAGUAGCUCCUGAUCCUGAUAUUUUGUUGAGGACAUCAGGGGAGAAGAGGUUGAGCAAUUAUCAGCUAUGGCAGACGACUCAUUGCACGCUGUAUUCUCCCACAGCGUUAUGGCCUGAGAUCAGUCUAUUGCAUGUGGUGUGGGGAAUAUUGAAGUUCCAACGGAGCUAUGCUUACUUCGAGAAGAAGAAGAAGAAGAUGUUGUAG